AAGGAUCAUAGCAACGUAGAGUGGAAUGCUGGAGCCUAUAGCUUUCUUAGCACAAGCUUAAUUUAUAGGACUAAAUCUAGAACAGAUUUUGGCAAAAUAAUAAUUACUAUCUUAAACCUGACACAAGCAAUGGAAAAUUGGAUGAAACCUGGAAUUUCCAUAAUGAUGAUCCUUGUGGUAUCAGUUUCAUACAUUGCUACAUUUGAAGCUGCGGUGAAACAUAAAUGUCGUAAAAUCGUAAUCGAUGGAACAGAGUGUCCUGGUAAUAAGAAGUGCCCAGUAAAUGACAGCUGUGAUGACCCUUCACAAUGUCCCUGUAUGGAUGGAUACACAUCUCAUACUGAUACAGAAGGGAUAAGAAGUAACAUCACUUGUGACGAUGAGUUAUGUGUCUCACUUUGUUUUUUUGUAGAUAUACACGAAUGUUAUGAUCGCACACAUAUUUGUGGUAUUCACACAAAUUGUAACAACACAGAGGGAGGAUAUUCCUGUGUGUGUAACAAAGGCUACCGCAGAGGAAAUGAAACAGAGUUCUGUCCAACCAACCCCAGGGAUAAUGGAUGUACAGACAUUGAUGAAUGUAAAGAAGACCCCAACAUCUGUGGGCCAAAUAGUAUCUGUAAGAACAUAGGAGGAUCAUUUCAGUGUGUCUGCAUGAGUGGGUACAGGAGCAUCUCCAAUCAGUGUACAGGUAAGUACAUUGAUGAAUGUAAAGACCCCAACAUAUGUGGGCCAAAUAGUAUCUGUAAGAACACAGAAGGAUCAUUUCAGUGUUACUGCAUGAGUGGGUACAGGAGCAUCUCCAAUCAGUGUACAGACAUUGAUGAAUGUAAAGACCCCAACAUAUGUGGGCCAAAUAGUAUCUGUAAGAACACAGAAGGAUCAUUUCAGUGUUACUGCAUGAGUGGGUACAGGAGCAUCUCCAAUCAGUGUACAGACAUUGAUGAAUGUAAAGACCCCAACAUCUGUGGGCCAUAUAGUAUCUGUAAAAACACAGAAGGAUCAUUUCAGUGUUACUGCAUGAGUGGGUACAGGAGCAUCUCCAAUCAGUGUACAGAAUGUACAUCUGUUUCCCAAAUAAAGUACCUGCAGCAUUGCACCGACCAGACUAUAGAGGAUCCACUUUGCUCUGUGCUUAAUGUCUCAAUUAGUUUGCUGAUUGAUCCCUGCCAAAUAAAAAACGGUAACAUUAUGGAAAAGAAAGCAGAGGAAGAUCUCAAGCAGACAGCUGAAAAACUCAGCAAGGCUCUCGCCAACAACAACAUCAUUACUGAAAAUAUCCACAGAGGGAGAUUAAUUACAGGAUUUCUAUAUAGCAUGGAAAGAGUUGUGCUCAUAUCAUUUUUGGAGGAACCUAGAGUUCAGCAUAUCAUCACUUCUGAACUAGACAUUACAUUGCAGCCUUCCCAUAACAUCUGCAGUCCUGGUGUCCAAUCCUUCACCUUGGUCUCAGCUAACAACAGUAUGGUGGUGCCCUGCAGUCUGGUGCCCAGAGAUAAAGGUGGUGCUAUUUUGUUUACCUACAAAAAGAUACAUUUCUAUCAUGGGAAUUAUCCUGGACAGAUUAAUAAGGCAGUGAUCAACUCAAGGCUGGUGACUGGAGCCAUCACAAACCCUGAGAGUAAAAAUCUUCAACCCCCUGUUACAUUCACACUUUCCCAUUUACAGCCAUUGCGUCCCUUUUUUAAGUUCAUCUGUGUAUUUUGGGACCCUGAAAGUAAUGGCUGGUCAGAUGAAGGUUGUGAGACGGGACAAUCUGAUGUCACCCACACCAACUGCUCCUGUACCCACCUCUCCAGUUUUGCACUUCUCAUGGAACCUGAAGAAAUACAGGAUAAUUUUGCUCUCACUAUCAUCACCUACAUCGGACUUAGCAUAUCCGUUGUCUGCCUGUGUCUGACUCUCCUCACUUUCAUCAUGUGUCGAACUCUGAGGAGCAAUCACACCUCCGUCCUCUCAGCUCUCUGUGGAUGUCUCUUCCUAGGACAACUUUUAUUUAUGGUGGGCAUUGAUCAAACCGGGAAUAAGCUCCUGUGCGCUUUUAUUGCCGGUUUACUCCAAUUCUUGUUCCUCUGUGCGUUUUGCUGGAUGUCUAUUGAAAGCAUUCUGCUCUUCAUGACUGUCCGAAACCUACGGGCUGUCAAUUAUAUGGCUUCCCGAAAAUCAAACUUCCCGCUUUGGUGUCUUCUUGGUUUUGGUAUCCCAGCUGUGAUUGUGGGGAUUACAGCAGCUGCUCAUCCACAUAAAUAUGGGACACACAAAAAUUGCUGGCUCUAUCAUGAUAUUGUUUGGAGCUUUCUAGGUCCAGUUGGUGCAUUUAUCACAAUAAACACGACUCUGUUGGUCCUGACUUUUUGGUUGCUGAAAAAGAGGAUGGCAUCUCUGAAUUCAAAUGUGUCCACCUUAAAGAAUACCCGGUUACUGACAUUCAAAGCUGUGGCCCAACUCUUCAUCCUUGGCUGUACCUGGUUUAUUGGCUACUUCCAGUUUGGACCUCAGACUCUGGUUAUUUCUUACCUCUUCACCAUCUGUAACACCCUCCAGGGAGGGUUCAUCUUCCUUGUACACUGUCUGCUUAAUCAACAGGUCAGAGAAAAGUACUGCAAAUUGUUCUUAAGAUAUGGUAUGCAUAAAAAGCAGAAACAGGACACAUCUACAAUCAGUACCCUUCAAACAGCCUCUAAACCACCAUUAACCGCCUCCACUGACCGUGCUCUGAGACAACCAGUGAUCUCUAAUAUGGAUGUAAUCAGUACAGACGAGUCUCCAGAUGAGAUGAAAGAAGAGAGUGUGUAGCUGACUUGGUGGAUUUGUGAGGAAAUUGAUGUCGUAAGAAGUUGAUUACUUUAAACCAACAUACUCACCAGGGUCAAUAUAUAAAAAAGGAAACAAUUAAAAAAUAUUAGCAUUAUUAUAAUGCUUUUCUGGAACCUACAGGGGGUAUUUCAAGCAGAUUGUGAUUGGUUGAUGUAGCGAACACUUCUAAUUCUCUUUCUUUUCAUCCUAAAUUAACCAACUCUGUUACAGCUCUAAUUGUAUAUGCACUGGUGGCACCAAACAAAAUCGGCCAUUG